AUGCCCCUUCUACACUUGAUGUUGAUCUCCAUCUGCAUUAUGUUCAUCUGUACAGAAGCUGCUUCAGCUGUAGAUGUGAAGAAAGCAGUGGGUGAUGAAGUUUCCUUUAGUCCAGCCACUGCUAUCCCUCCUGGAGCCAGCAUUAUAUGGAAACACAGAAGCGCUAGUGGAUCUGUUAUCAAGGUGAUUGAAUAUGAUGAAGAUGGUACACAGACCCGGAAUCCGAAAUUCCAAGGCAUCACAACUCUUGAUGAGAAGACUGGAGAAAUCACUAUUAAAAACUUAACACUUGUCCACAGUGGAGAUUAUACCAUUGACAUCAACAGCAGAGAGCAGGAACAAAAAUUCACCCUGACUGUUAUGGAGCGAGUCCGCAAACCUGUGAUAAAAACAGAGAAGAGUGAGGUUAACCCUGAUGUUGUGUAUUUAACAUGUGAAAACCGUGGAAAAAUCAUCUGGAGGAACUCUGCUGGAGAAACACUGGAGGGUUCAUCACUCCAUCUAAUAGGAGAGUCCAUCACUGUCUACAACCAAAGAAAUCCAGAAAAGUUCUACACAUGUACAUUAUUGAAUGAUGUGAGUGAAGAGACCAGUGAGCGGGUCUAUGAGAGAGAUCUCUUUAUAGAUCCAGACCUCAAAUUUUAUAUUUGGAUUGCCAUUGUUUUGAUCAACAUGGCUUUUAUCAUAGUUUUCCUGUUUAUACCUCCUAUGCAAGUCCAAUAG